AUGAACAGGCUUCAAACUGAGAAUGCAAAUUUGAUCGCUGCCAAUGAAGAACUAAAAACAUCAAAAACAGAUACAGAGGAGGUGCAGACUGCCUUGGCUGAAAUCAAGGAAGAUUUGGAUGAAACAAAAAUGGAAAAAAGCGAGAUUCAAGAAUAUUUGGACAUUGAAAGAGUCAAAAAUUCUGACCUUCAAAGCGAAAUCGAAAAUUGUAGAAAUGAAAUUCAGGAAGAAAAAGAGCAAUGCUUACAGACUACUCAGGCUUUGACGAUUGAUCUCGAGCGAACUGAAGAUGAAAAAGAAGCAAUAGAGACGCGAAUGUCAAAUAAUGAAAGAGAUUUGGAGAAACUCAAGUUCGAAAACGAAAAGUGCUUCGGACGGGAGAAGAAUUCGUUGAUGGUUCUUUCUGGCUAUAAGUCUCAAACAGAGUUUCUCAGCUACGUUCUCAAACCUGACGGAAGCGAGAGUCCUCGGACAAUCAAGAUUCCUUCGUCUAAAAAUGGAGAUCAUUACCUUUUCGCAUCAAUUUCUGCUUUGAUUCGUGGAAAAAUCUACAUUUUUGGUGAAGGAAGUAACAUAGACUAUGGACUGAGGAUAAGAAUGAUAAGUUGGUGUGGAAUCAAGGAGUUAGAUGUCAAAUUAAACAAUAAUUAUUACUUCGGCUCUUCUGUAGUUACGGCGGCUGAUCAACAAUCAGCGUUGAUUUGCUUUCCGGAUGAUGAAAAUUUCAAAAAAUGCGAAGAAUUUGAUGGAAGUGCUGUUUCAAUAAAACCGGCGACGAAAUACUCGCAUAGAGAUUCAUGCUUGGCGCUCUACAAAAACCAACCAGUUGCAGUCAGCUCCGAACUUUCUGACGGCUACAAAAAAGUGGAGAAAUUCGAUGGCGCUUCUUGGACGGAAAUGGAAGAUUUUCCAAAGGCAAUUUUGGUUCACUCCUGCAUUGGAGUCUUCGACGGAUAUCUUCUUCUGGGAGGUUCAUACCAAGAAAAUAAUAAAUAUUACAGUAUAAAAGAUGUUUAUUUACUUCGCAACUCAAGAUGGACCGUGGUUGGCCGGCUCAAUGAAUAUCAUUGGUACUCUUCUGCAACACGAAUUGGAAAUACGAUUUAUCUUGUGAGCGGCAAAAAAGAACCUUUCGCUGUGGAGAAACUUGAAUGGGACGGAGAAAAAAUAUCCUCGGCGAAAGUCGUCAACAACCACUCAAGCAAAUUUUAUCGCCCGAUCAUAUUCCCUGUCGAUGAAUUUUACUGUACCUAA